AUGUCAAGUAAAUUUAAGGGACUAAGAGGAGAGAAAGGCGACCCAGGCUACAGAGGUAUACCUGGAAUAAAAGGAGAUCGUGGGAUGCCAGGAAAGACAGGUGAAAAAGGAACAAAGGGUGUGGUUGGUGAGAAAGGCGAUAGAGGUACAGAUGGAAUGCCGGGCACCAAUGGUCUGCCUGGCCCACCUGGCUGGCCAGGCCCAAAAGGUGAAAAAGGCAAUGAUGGCAAACCAGGCUUACCUGGUUUUCCUGGAAAGAAGGGAGAGCCAGGCAUACAUGGAAUACCUGGUCAAACUGGUCUAAUUGGUGAAAGGGGCUUACCUGGCCCGCCUGGACCGAUUGGUCCACCUGGUUACAUUGGCUUGCCAGGCAUCAAAGGUGCAAUGGGAAUUCAGGGCUUACCGGGGUCGAAAGGAGAACCAGGGAAAAACGGGAUGCCAGGAUUACCAGGAUGGUUGGUCGAUGAUAAGGGUUACUGUAUUCUUUCUUUGGGUAGCUGUCCUCCAUCUUUCACUGAAAUAAUCGACUAUCAAGCGCAUGUCGAUAAUUAUAGGUUUGGUGAGUACUCACUGGUGAAAAACGCUGGAUUAGGAUAUCGUGAAGAGCAAUUCGCACUAGAAGUUCAUGCCUGCUGCAAAUAA